AUGGGUACCGACUUGGAAUCUCUUCACGAGAAACGGACCGUAUGGGAAGAUGGCCAUGGUGAGACACAGUCCAGCGAGCCUGAUCGAGCCGCGGACGAGAAAGAGGUGGAGAGCAAUAUAGUCGACUGGGAUGGGCCACAAGAUCCCCAGAACCCACGCAAUUGGCCAACCUGGACACGCAUGAUGCAGGUUGUUCUUGUCAGCGUCUUCCUACUCACCGCUAACCUCGCGGCCACAAUGUUUGCUCCAGGAGCCGCCGCACUCGCGAAGGAUUUCGACAUCACGAGCUCCACCACCGUCAGUCUCACAGUGUCCAUCUACCUUGCAGCUUUACGGAGUCUUGUGAUCUACCACACCUGCAGCGUCUUUUAUAUUGGCUUUAUCAUCGGCUGUGCACUGAGCAAAGGCACUGGCAUGUUCCUAGAUUUUCGGUUUCUUGCUGGAUGUGCUGCUUCUGGUCCUACUGCAGUCGGUGGUGGAACUGUCACAGAUGUGGUACCACCUGCCCAGCGUGGAAGGGCAAUGUCUCUAUUCUACUUUGGGCCGCUUCUGGGGCCAGUAUUGGGUCCAAUAAUUGGUGGCUUUGUGUCUCAGUCCAUUGGCUGGCGUUGGACUUUCUGGCUCAUUUUGAUCAUGGCAGGUGUAACCUUUGCGCUUUCGAUCAUAUUCCUCCGCGAGACCAACGCCGGUGUUUUACUAGGACGGAAAGCUGAUCGCCUUCGGCGAGAGACUGGCAAUCCCGCUCUGGUAUCGAAGAUGGACCGUGGCUUGACUUCUCGCCAGCUCUUCGUCCGCGCCAUCGCCCGACCCAUAAAAUUCCUCAUCCUCUCACCGAUCGUACUCCUCCUGACCCUCCUCUGCGCGUUUGUCUUCAGCCUCCUCUUUAUCCUCUUCACCACGUUCCCCGCCGUCUUCGAGGAACAAUACCACUUCUCGGCCGGCAUUUCUGGCUUGUCAUACCUCGGCGUUGGACUUGGAAUGGGCUUCUCUCUCGCAACCUUUGCCGUCGUCAGCGACAAGCUGCAAAGAGCACUCGGAGACUCUGCCAAACCUGGAGAACGCCUGAAGCCCAUGAUGUGGAUCAUGCCCGCCGUGCCAGUCGGCGUUUUCUGGUAUGGCUGGGCAGCUGAAGCGAGGACUCAUUGGAUUGUGCCCAUUCUUGGAACCUUUGUCUUUGGAUAUGGCAUUCUCUGGGUCCUGAUGCCCACUCAACUGUACUUGGUUGAAGCUUUCGGCCCCGAGGCUGCCGCUUCUGCGUUGGCGGCCAAUAUCAUUCUCAGACUCCUUUUUGCGGCUUUCAUCCCUUUGGCAGGGCCGUCUCUGUACGCAGAUCUAGGGUUGGGUUGGGGGAAUAGUGUGAUGGGUUUUAUUGGCGUGGCUUUCCUUCCAGUGCCAUUCUUCUUCUACCGCUACGGAGGAUGGCUCAGAGAGCGAUUUGCUGUGCAGCUUUAG